CGGUGCAAGUUCUGUGCGCACGCGCCUCCCCUGGUCAUCUAAGGAAGAUGGCGCUGGUGGAGCACGUUGUGGCAGACGCCGGGGCUUUCCUGCGGGACGCGCCUCUGCAGGACAUCGGGAAGAACAUCUACACCAUCCGGGAGGUGGUCAGCGAGAUUCGGGAUAAAGCCACGCGCCGGCGGCUCGCGGUCCUCCCCUACGAACUGAGGUUCAAGGAGCCCUUCCCGGAAUACGUGCGGCUGGUGACUGAGUUUUCAAAGAAGACUGGAGACUAUCCCAGUCUCUCUGCCACAGAUAUCCAAGUGCUGGCACUCACCUACCAGUUGGAAGCAGAGUUUGUUGGGGUGUCUCACCUAAAACAAGAACCAGAAAAGGCUAAAGUGACCUCCUCGAUUCAACACCCAGAAACUCCUCUGCACAUUUCUGGCUUCCAUCUGCCCUCCAAGCCUAAUCCCCCAAAAGAUACAGUAGAAAAAGGACACCCAGCUGGUGAGCCCGACAACCUAGAAUUCAGUUCCUUCAUGUUCUGGAGAAACCCGCUGCCUAAUAUUGAUCAUGAACUACAGGAGCUGCUGAUUGACAGAGGUGAGGACGUUCCAAGUGAGGAGGAAGAGAGUGGGUCUGAAGAGAGGCAAGGGGAAGACAGUGAUGACGAUGAUGGGGGUGGGUGGAUAACUCCCAGCAACAUCAAGCAGAUCCAGCAGGAGAUGGAGCAGUGCGACAUCCCAAAGGAUGUGCGGGUCGGCUGUGUGACGACAGACUUUGCCAUGCAGGUGGGUGGGGCAGGCAGGGACUGGAUAGUUAGUGUUCUGUGCUCAGCUAGGUACUUGGAGAUGUCAGAGAUGGUUUCCAGCCCAGAGAUGUGCCUGAGACUCACGUUGUAUUCUGGGGAGGGGAGUUCCGACCAGUGGUGUCAAUAUGUAGCACCCCCUUUUGUGUCUCCCAGGACAACAUCUGACAUGAGCCGAGUGUUCUGUUCACACUGUGGGAACAAGACUCUGAAGAAAGUAGCUGUGACGGUCAGCGACGACGGCAGCCUGCAUAUGCACUUUUCCCAAAACCCCAAAGUGCUGAAUCCUCGAGGCCUUCGGUACUCACUUCCUACUCCCAAAGGGGGCAAAUAUGCCAUCAACCCCCAUCUGACUGAGGAUCAGCGCUUCCCUCAGCUGCGACUCUCCCGCAAGGCCAGGCAGAAAACCAAUGUAUUUGCCCCUGACUACACAGCAGGGGUUUCUCCCUUCGCAGAGAAUGACAUCUCCAGCCGGUCAGCUACCCUGCAGGUCCGGGAUAGCACUUUGGGAGCUGGGAGAAGACGCUUAAAUCCCAAUGCUUCCAGAAAGAAGUUUGUGAAGAAAAGAUGAGACACAAGCUCCCACAGGCAAACUGGAUUGCUGUCCUGGCUGCUGCGGAGGUCUGGGGUCUCGUUUCCCAGCUGGGUUGUCUCCGGAACCAUCUGCGUGGAAAGACUAGGCUGGGUUCACAGUGCUGCCGGUUGGAUUGGUGGUGACACUGGGCCAUCCCUUAGCCUGUGAGCAUCAAGGGAGCUGGGACUCCUGACAGGUGAAGGGGAAUUUGAUGGAAACAGAACAGUGCCCUGGAGCAAAUCUUCAGCCUUUAAAGAAAUGAAUUUCCAAGUGAUGGUAUUUUUCUAAUAAACGUGGUUGCAAGCUUC